CUUUCAUUCCGAAGCCCCGAGAUCGGAACCUCUGUUUUCGGCCUCGCGUCCGCCCGGAAGAAGAUAUAAUACACACUUCUGCUUCCGGUCCGUGCCCUUGGGGCUCCGUGUCCUGUGGGCCUUCCCUCCACCGCUUGGUCUGCAUCCGGGGAACAUGGCGGCGGCCGCGAGGGCCUGGUGGCGGGGGCUCGUGGGGGCCGUGGCGCUGCCCAGGGUGGCCGGGCGACCCUCGGCGCUGUUGCUGCCGGCUAGGAGGGAAGGCGCCGCGGCCGACACGCGCCCCACUGUCAGACCACAGAAUGAUAUGGCCCACAAACAGCUCUCAGCUUUUGGAGAGUAUGUGGCUGAAAUCCUGCCCAAGUAUGUCCAACAAGUUCAGGUGUCCUGCUUCAAUGAGUUAGAGAUCUGUAUCCAUCCUGAUGGAGUCAUUCCAGUACUGACUUUCCUCAGGGAUCACACCAACGCACAAUUCAAAUCCUUGGCGGACUUGACGGCAGUGGACAUCCCGACCCGGCAGAACCGUUUUGAGAUUGUUUACAACCUGCUGUCUCUGCGCUUCAACUCCCGGAUCCGUGUGAAGACCUAUACAGAUGAGCUGACACCCAUUGAGUCCACUGUCUCUGUGUAUAAAGCAGCCAACUGGUAUGAGAGGGAGAUCUGGGACAUGUUUGGAGUCUUCUUUGCUAACCACCCUGACCUAAGAAGGAUCCUGACAGACUAUGGCUUUGAGGGACAUCCUUUCCGGAAAGACUUCCCCUUGUCUGGCUACGUUGAGUUACGCUAUGAUGAUGAAGUGAAGCGGGUGGUGGCUGAGCCAGUGGAGUUGGCCCAAGAGUUCCGCAAGUUUGACCUGAAUAGUCCAUGGGAGGCUUUCCCUGCCUAUCGCCAGCCCCCUGAGAGUCUCAAGCUUGAAGCAGGAGACAAGAAACCCGAAACCAAGUAGCUCCAGGGAAGGCAUAUGGAUCCUGGAAAGCGCCUUAUCUAUAAUUGAGUGUCCGUGUAAAUAAAAUCCUACUUAGACUCACCA